ACAUUUAUUGCUCCUUUCUAAAAAGUACAACUUUCGGCAUUCCCGCACGGCACAAAAUAUUACAAAACUUAAAAAAAAACUUCGUAAAUUUUAUUGUUAGAAGUGGCCCUAAUUAGUUUUCGGUUACAGAAUGGUAAACUUCAAUAAUAGUACCAAGAUGAUGGUGAAUCGGUGCAUGGAGCUGCUAAACGCGAAAAUUGCACAUGCCCAGACCCGACACAUUGCCAAGCGUGUACCACUGGACCGUAUUAGCCCUCGUGUCCUGGACGCGAAAGCAUUAUUUAGGGAACGUCAAAAGGCAGAGAAAUAUGAGGCCUGCAAGCGUCUCUCGAUGUGGGAACAGAACAAGGACCAACAAAGUGAUUGGGUAGAAAACGAACGCUUGGAUCAUUCCCACUACAAGCAUUCUCAACUUCGGGAGCGUACAUAUGAUUGCACUUGGACAAAAUUUCCAGAGGAGCCCAAGCCCAAACAGCGAAGAAUGUUUAAAUCGGAGGGUCACAUUCCAAUCUGUCGCCGGAAGACUGGAACUCGCCCUGAAACGGCCAAGCCUUGGGACGACGAGGCUUCAGAUUUUAUUAAACAAUGGGACAACAAUAACGCCAUGAUCAACCGUAAUAGAUUUGGUAAAACAACGCAUUUCAGCCAACCGCAUGUUGGAGGAGGAUCCUUGAAUGGCAAACAUCCAAAAAGGAAAUUAUUCUAUUACUAACCGCACCAUUAACUGACUAAUCCGAUACGCUAAUGUAAAAGUUUUUUUAAAUUGUAAUAUGAACAUUAAAUUUAUUGGUAGGACAUUCAA